GGUUCGUCCAAUGGUCACCUUUUCACCUCUUUUGAGCUCCAAAUAACCUCAUGUGGUACUCCAGUACCUAAUAGAGACUCAUGUAUGCAAAAUGCAACCUAAACAUGUCUGAAUCCUAAUCUAUAUGAUGAAAAUGCUCAUGGAUGAAUGGAUAAAACAAUGCAAAUAUGCAAGAUAUCAAUUAUGACUAACUUGAGACACAUAUAUUUUCUUAAAUAUAAUAUUAUAUAUAACAAAAAAAAGUUUAAGCCAUUUAAAAUACAAAUGAAGAAAAAAAAAAGAAAAACAAGCAUGAAUAAAACAUUUAGAAAAAUUGCAUUUCAUAUUUUUAUAACAUAUAGAAGUGAAUCUUGUAAAUCAACCAGCUCAACAUUUUAAUUUUCAUUUGCUUUGUAUCAGCUGAUACAGUAGGCUUAUGUUUUUUUUUUUUUUUGGCUUUUGUAUCUCAAUUCAUUAUAUAUUAAUGAAUUGCUUAUUCUCAACUUUGUUAUUUUUGAACAUAAGUGUUAGAUGAUAAUUAAAAACGAACAUAUUAUAUGUAAAUAAUUAAACUGAUAAGAGUACUGUAAAUUAUAUUUUGUUUAUAUUCUCUCGUUUUUCUACAAUUCUUUUACAGUUUUUUGGUAUGAAUGUUUUUCAAUCUAAUACACUAAUGUAUAUCAUUUACAAAAAAAAAUGAUUUUUUUUAUAAGCCACAUUCAUUUUAAAAUGGUAUUCAUGGCAUAGAACUAUAUAACAUAUUCUUUUUUUUUUCUUUUUUUGUCAGCAACUAUAUAACAUAUUUAAAAAUGACAUUUAUAACAAAAUAACAUAUUUUAAACCCGCGGAUUGGCUCGCAAAACCGCUUAGCUAGACAGGUCGGGCUUGGACAUAUAUAUAUAAACCGCAAUCUGCAGUGGACCAACCCAGUCCAUAGAAUAAUUGAAUCCACUGCGGGUUGGGUUACUUGGACCCGGGUUGACCCGUCUGACAUCUCUACUCACACCAAUAAACCUGAAAAUAGAAUUAAUUAUAGAUUAAAAACUCUAUGUUGGUGGAAGUUCCUUAGUCCAGUGGUUUAUUAAGCGUUCAUUAAUGCUUCUACAUCCGAAGGUCUGGAGUUCAAACCCCCAGAAAACGCAAAUUAUGCAUAUUAUGGAGAAAAAUGAUUACAAGAAGUCUUCAGCAUGGCGCAUGGCGUAUUAUCGAACAUGGAUCUCAUAGGGCGGCUCGGAGUGACACAGUCAGACGUGUAUUCUCAUCUGGUGGUAGAAUUGUCGGCUGUAAAAUCGUCUAUGUAAUAUUUUUUAAGCGUAUUAUCGAACAUGGAUCUCAUAGGGCGGCUCGGAAUGAUACAGUCAGACGUGUAUUCUCAUCUGCUGGUAGAAUUGUCGGCUAUAAAAUUGUCUAUGUAAUAUUUUUUAGCGUUGUAAUAACAUAAUUAACCAGACGUUAAAAAAAAACUCUACGUUUGGGAAAUUAAAAUCAUCUUGCAAGUUAUGACCAAAAUCAUUGACUAGUCACUGCACAGCACAGCAUAUAUUCAAUGUACCAAUUCUUAUGGAAAUAUAUAUUCUCUCAGAUAAAAACAUAAUAUCUUUCCUUUUCAACUGCGAAACCGAAACACUUGAAUUCGAAGACAUUAAUUCUGUAUAUACACAAUGAUGACCAGUGAAAAGAUAAUAUAUUAGAGAGAAUGGUGAAGUUGAUUAGGACUUUGCCCUGAAACAUCCUUCUCUCCGUUGAUAUCUGUAAGAUUUGAGACAAAGUGAAUCUUAUAAGAAUGGGAGAUGAGCCAAGGUUUAGUGAGAAAUGGGAUUUCAGAAGGCAGGAGAACAACUUUGAUGAUGAUUCUUCAAGCGACGAUCCGGAUUCAUAUUCAACUCACGAACCGAUUAUUCAUAACACAGAUCCUGUUCUUGACUCUAAUCAUCUAGACAAUGGAACAAAAACAGUGUCUACGGAGCAACCAGUGAAAACCCGGAAGAGAAGGAGCAAGAAAGAUGAGAGUAAACCUGAGAAAGCUAAACAAGUAAGGAAAAGGAAACCGAAAACUGUUUGUGCAGAGGAGAAUACGAAGAAAAAGGAAACGGUAAUGGAGACGGAUGAAGUUGGAAUGUUUAUGAAGACGUUGCUUGAUGAUCUUACAGCUUCGAGAGAGAGCUUGAUGAAUUGGAUGAACACUGAAUUGAAUGGAUCAUCGGAUCAACAUGUUGUGUCUCGACCACCUCCGAAGAAGAGAGCGGUUGCUGCGGGACCAGCGAAGAAGAGGAGAACGAAGACAAAAGGACAAGAGGAGGGCAGUGAAAAACAGAGGAAACAGGACGAGAUUUGUCAAAGGAUGAACAAACCUAAAGAGAAGGGUUCAGAGGUUGUGCAGAACGGUGGAGAUCAAGCUCAACAACUUGAUUAUGAUGUUGGAACGUUGGAUAUGUUUCUCAGGAGCGGUCAUGAACAAGGACAACAAGGUAUUGUUGCGCAAACCGAGAUCGAAAAUGCGACAGCCAUGGAUGAGAAGAAGAGUGUUGUUUUGGCCAUUGAAGCUCCAAAGCUAAGACAGAGACAAAAGAAGACGAGAGAAGCCAACACCAUCAAAAACAGAUCCGAAACAAAGAAAGAUGAUAACUUUGCGAUACCCUAUGUGCCACAGCUGUCUUCAUCGCCAACGUUGCAGAGCUUUCCGGUAGGUUCUUCGUUGUUUCCUUCCCCAAGCCAAGGGGUUACUUCUUUAGCAAGCAACAACAGCUACCAACCGAUGCAACCACCGGUAGUACCUCAGUUCUCUGAUCUCUAUGAAUUCCAGACAGGAUUCGCAGGAGGACAAGGAUAUGACAAGAGUUCUCCGUUUCACAACAAUGGUUACUUUUCUGGUUUUCCGGCAGCUUCCCAACCUAAUCUGAUGGCACAAGUGAAUCAUACGACUUAUUCGCAGCAGAGAGAUAACAAUAAUAUGUUUGGAGAACUGCAAAUGGUUGUUGGAGCAAUACCAUAUUCGGGUAGCAGAUUUCAUGAAUCCGAAGUGGGUAACGGUAAUAACAUCCUCUCCGACUACAAAACUAGCUCAGGUAGAUAAACAUCUGUUACAGAGACGAGAGUAACAAUUAUUAUCUACCGGUAGAGAUGGACCUCAGUGACUGACUUGUGUUCAAAGACGCAACAAAAAUGGGACUUGAAGUGUAAACUGUUGUUCACAUGUUGUCUAGUUUUCAGGGACAUCGCAAACAGAAAAAGGAUUUCUAGUUCUUUCAGGUCUCAUACUCAUUGUCCCUAACAAAUUAAAAUUUUCUGUUUCUUUUUUUUC